CCCUUUUGGCUUCGGGAUAGUUUAGCAAGGCAAAUAAUGUGACUGCUUCACGGAUUGCACUUCUUACCAUUUAAAGCCACAGAAUUCUGUGAUCUGCUUUGGAAAGACGUUCUGCAGGAUUUCAUUUUCCAGGUUUUUCAGGUGAUGAGUGUCAUGGCAGUCCUGUGUGUGAAUAUGGUGACAGCCAACAUGUUGCUGAGCAUCUUCUUUGUUUCCGGUGCUUUGGCUGCCUGUCCAGGGGAUGCAGGCCUCUUCAUCACUGCACCAAUGACAAUGGAAGCACUGAGUGGAUCCUGUUUGCUCAUCCCAUGUAUGUUCAGACCCAAGCCAGAACAAGAGUUUGACGGUGAAAGAGACACCUUUGGAGUGUGGAUUAAGAGCGACGCCAGAUUUGUCAGUACCAACAACGUCAUUCUCAACAGCAGUGGCACAGUUAACACCUAUCCAAUGAGUAUUAUUGGAAACCUGUCUCAAAAAAACUGCACCACUCUGUUUUCCAGUUUAAUCCCAAAAUACACUGACACAUAUUUCUUAAGAAUUGAAAACUGGCCAUUCAGAGCAUCAGCAUAUUGUGAUCCUCUUCAAGUCUCAGUUAAAGAUUCUCCUCGUCGCCCCACAAUUGAGAUCUCAGGUGAUCUGCAGGAGAAGGAGUCUGUCACUAUAACCUGCUCAGCUUUCACUCCCUGUCCACACUCCCCUCCUAAACUCACCUGGAAUCUCCAACAAGACUCUCACAACAAAAUAGAGGAAAACACAGAUGGAACCUUUACAACUAAAAUCCAGGAGACCAUCACUCUGUCAGAGCAACAUGAUGGAUACAACAUCAGCUGUUCUGCCACAUAUCCUGUGAAUGAAGGAAAAGAUGUCAAGACAGCAGAGGAGACAAAGACUCUCAGUGUUUCAUACUCUCCCAGGGACACUUCCGUGGUCAUCAGUCCCACUGAUCCAGUGUCAGUCGGCAGUGUGGUGAACCUGACCUGCUCCUGCAGAGGAAACCCCGCCAUUGUCCACUUUGUCUGGUUCAUGCUCAGUGACGGCAGACUGGAACUGAUCAGAGUUGAUACGCAGGUUUAUGGUUUUGAAGUGACCAACAGUGAUCGAGGCAGAUUGUUCUACUGUGGAUGCAGAAACGAUCUGGACAUUCAGCUUUCAACAGGACUACAGCUGACCUUUAAAGGUGGUCAACAGUCUGGACUGGUUGGGGUCCAAGUUGUGGUAAAGCUUGUGGGAAUCAUAACGCUUGUCAGUGUGUCAGUCAUCUUUGAGUGCUGGUUUCGAUUAAGACGCUCCACCACACCACCGAAGGAGGCCGUAGAACCAGACUAUGUGAACGCAGUGCGUCAGCCAUCAUCAGGAAACAGACAGGGAAAAUGAAGAUGCGAAUAUUUCGCCCUCUUUGACUGUACUUGUUAGCGUGCAGCCUAUGAUAAACUGUUGAUGCUGAUUACCACAGACUUGGGUGUAUAAUCAUUUUAUAAUGUGUUUUUUUCCACCAUGUGUUUCUUUGUUGAGGUGAAAACAUUAUCAUAAAGAAUGUAUCUCAUGUUGAAAUCAUCUAUGGCACCUGACUUUUUUAUUUUGUUCUCAAAGUCUAAUAUUGGUUAUUUUUCAACCUGGACCAUAUUUUCCUGUUUUUGGUAAGUUGCUGCUGUCUGGACAUUUAAUUUUUUUUUUUUUUUUUUUUUCACAAUUUCAGAGGAAAACAAUAAGAUCGCAAUUUACAAUAUAUCCUCCUCAAGGGUUCAGAGGGGAGAUUUGAAAAUGUGUUUUAAUCUAACAGAUGUUGUAGGAGAUGUGACAUAUUAAAGCAACAUUACGUAGAGAUCUGUAGCACCCAAUAGCUCAGUUGGAAGAGCGGGUUGUCCCGUGUACAGAGGUCUUGUCCUCGCUGCAGCAGCCCGGGGUUCGAGUUCGACCUGUGGCCUCUUCCUGCUUGUCACCCCCCCCCCAUCGUGUUGCCUGUCAUCCCUCAGUUUAAUUUAAAAAAAGUCAAGGCACAUUUGCUCAGAGGGAUUACAUUACAGCGGCCUCGCUCAAUACUGGGCCGAUUUCAGAAGUUGCUGUUAGCAUCAGUCACUUACACAAAAAUCUGAGAAAAUACCAUCCAGGUUUGGAAAAUACUAAAGUAUCGAAAAGAUGCUUAUUCCAUGUCAUCAUUUUGCAUUGGAUGUAUGUGAAGUGUGCUUAAUGAAAUAAAAAUGAAGCUUUUCAUGUGA